AUGAAGCUAUCAUUAUUUUUGCUUUCAUUUGUGGCUUUGAUACAGUCAUUAACAAUUGCUUCUGAUUCAAUUUAUUGCAAUACCACAGCACAUUGUCCAGAAUCAAUGCCAUGUUGUUCUUUCACUGGUGUCUGUGGUACAGGUGAAUACUGUUUAGGUUCGUGCAAUCCAGCAUACUCUUAUAGCAUUGACGCAUGUUUGCCUGUUCCAGUUUGUAAAGAUAUGAGUACUUUGUUCAAUAAAUACUCCGAUAAGUUGGUCAAUGCAUAUUCAUAUUUAGGUAAUGCCAGUGAAGCUGAUUGGACAUACACAGGUUACGUUAUGGAUUACGAGGAUGAAGAAAGUUUGGUUUUGGCCAUGCCAAAGAAUACCACAGGUACAGUAUUAUCAACAACUAGAUACAUGUGGUAUGGUAAAUAUAGUAUCAGAUUAAAGACUUCGCAUCUUGCAGGUGUCAUUACUGCUAUUGUGUUAUAUUCUCAAGUGGAAGAUGAAAUCGAUUACGAGUUUGUUGGAACAGAUUUAGAUACCGCUCAAACUAACUUCUAUUGGCAAGGUACUUUAAAUUACAGUAACAGUGCUAAUAUUUCGACAACCGAUACAUUUUCAAACUUCCACACUUAUGAAAUAGACUGGCAAGAGGACAAAACUGUGUGGUCCAUAGAUGGUGUUGUUGGCAGAACAUUAUACAAAAAUGAAACAUAUAAUGCAACAACUGGAGUUUACAGAUAUCCACAAACCCCAAGUAGAAUCCAAAUAUCUAUUUGGCCAGGUGGUGACUCCAGUCAGGGACAAGGUACUAUUGAAUGGGCCGGUGGUGCUAUUGAUUGGGAUGCUGAAGACAUAAGUGAUCCAGGUUACUAUUACAUGAUUUUGAAUGAAGCUAAUAUUACAUGUUAUGACCCACCUAAAGGAACUACCAAGAAUGGUACUUCUUCUUACAAAUUCGUGAGUUCAGACUCAUUUCUCGAGAAGGAUGUUGCCAUCGUUGACGCCAAUAUGAUUUUGAAGAACCUUGGUGAUUCUGGACUAACCAACUAUACUAGUUCGUCAAGCAGUUCCAGUUCCAGUGCUAAGACAUCAAAGACUACCUCAUCCAAGUCUUCCAACAACAAGUCCGACUCGUCUUUUAGUACAGCAGAAUCACAAAUCACAUCGUCUAGUUCCAUUAAUGCUGAACAAAAAACGAAAUUCUUCCAGGACUUGAGCACUACCGCUAAUAGCACCGGUGGUGCAGUUUCUGUACUGACAAAUAAUUGGGUUUCGAUGGUGAUUGGAUUCAUUGUCACCUACAUACUGUAA